AUGCCAGUUCAGUGGAGCAGCUCUGUCAGAGUCGUCUCUCUGGGACUGUUUUUGACCCUCGUCAGUCCCUGCUGGUCGGGCUGCCUGGAGAAUGGUCUGUGCUGCGCCGGACGAGACCCAGACUGCAGCAGUGAAGGAUGGAGAUCAGACCGCUCAUAUGGCACCUGCUACUGUGACCAGGCCUGCGUCUCCACCAUGGACUGCUGCCACGACUAUGAGACUGCAUGUCCAGCCGUGAACUGUGAGGUGAGCGAGUGGACAGCCUGGUCUGGAUGCGCCGAGCCCUGCAAGGCCACGGUCCGCAAGAGGAGCAGGGUCAUCCUGCAGGAACCCCUGAACGCAGGGGAACCCUGCCCCACGCUGGAGGAGCACGCUGGCUGUGCAGAGUACUGGUCCCAGCAGCAAGGCCACUGUCAGAACUCACUGGUCCCAGCGCUUAUUACCACGGGUGGCUAUGGCAACGCCAGGAAGAAAAGAGACAUUCCUGACAGCACUGACAUUAUAGGGUACUGCGUCCAGUUUCAGCUGACCUCUUUGACUAAAGGAUGCCAGCAGAGUGAGGGCCCACACACACUGUGGAUGCAGGACCUGAAGGAGGGCCACCGUGUGUGUGUGGAGUGCCAGCCGCCUGCUCUCUCUGCUGGACAGAAACACUGUGCCGGAGACGGAGAGGAGGACGGCGCAGGCGGAAGACAGUCCCUCCAGUGGCAGGCUGUGGGAAACCCUCGGUGCAGGGGUGUGUGGAGACGCGUGGGGAGGCUGGAAGCUUGUUCCUGCCCAACAGCACUCAGCUUCCUCUUCAUCUGACCUCCUCCUCCCUUCUCCGU